GUUUUAAAUGAAUUGGUAUUCACACAUUUGUUUUUUGAGGUAGAAUUAGUGUCACCUUAUUGGCACCUUCUCUAUUCCAGAACCAAUGGGUGUGUCUGAGUCUUCCUCUCUCAACUAGUUGAACUUGUUGACUGAUACCAUGGCGGCGGCAUCUAAGGGAGCAGCUGAGAACCAGAAGACUGCAGCCAAGGCAUCACUGGUCCACACCUGCCCUGUCUGUCACUGAUUGAUGCAGACCAGAUCAAGCAGUACUUUGAGAGCAAGCAUCCCAAGUCUCCAAUGGUCUGGUUGAUGUGCAGGCCUACAGGUGACCUGUUCAUAUGAACACAUUGCUGGAGAACCAGAGAAGAUAUUGUCUCUGGUGUUCCUGUGGGAUAUGAAUGACAGCUUGAGAAUGUCACAUGAGAUCAUGAUGUUUUACCAAAUGAUGGAACAAGCCCAGAACACCAGCUGUGAAGCACCCACCCCCAUCUGCAAUACGAGUGCAAAUGGAGACUCACUACAGCUACCCACCUUCUCCACAGCAGCCAAAGUCAGAGUAAUCAUUACUUUCACUCUGUGUGCCAUGUCAGCUGUCUGUAACCUCGCUGUGCUGUGGGCCGCCAAUACCAACGGAAAGCGCAAGUCCCACGUUAGGAUAUUAAUAAUUAACCUGACUGUGGCAGACCUGCUGGUGACUUUCAUAGUCAUGCCUGUUGAUGCUGUCUGGAAUAUCACAGUUCAGUGGCAGGCAGGAGACGUCGCCUGUAGGCUGCUGAUGUUCAUGAAACUUGUUGCCAUGUACUCCUGUGCUUUUGUCACAGUGGUCAUUAGCUUGGACCGCCAGUCUGCUAUCCUCAACCCACUGGCCAUCAAUGAGGCCAAGAAGAGAAGCAAGAUCAUGUUGUCUGUGGCGUGGGUGAUGAGUGUGAUUCUGUCUGUUCCCCAGAUGCUGAUAUUCCACAGUGUGACCAUCACGGUUCCAGAGAAGUUUACCCAGUGCACUACUCGUGGGAGCUUUGUCCAACACUGGCAGGAAACCCUGUACAACAUGUUCACCUUUGCUUGUCUUUUCCUGCUGCCGCUGAUCAUCAUGAUCUUCUGUUACACACGUAUCCUGGUAGAGAUAUCCAGUCGCAUGACCCACGGAAACAUGUCUUCUAAGGAGAUACAUCUCCGACGCUCUCACAACAACAUUCCAAAAGCACGGAUGAGGACUUUGAAGAUGAGCAUUGUUAUCGUGACUUCCUUCAUCGUCUGCUGGACCCCUUACUACCUGUUGGGACUGUGGUACUGGUUCUUCCCUGACGAUAUGGAUGAGACGGUCUCUCAUUCUUUGACUCAUAUGCUCUUUAUUUUUGGCCUCUUCAAUGCCUGUUUGGACCCAAUAACUUACGGCCUGUUCACCAUCCAUUUCCGCCAUGGCCUGAAGCGCUACUGUCGGAGCACAGCCACGUUCAGCCGUGAGUCAGAGAACAACACUACCCUGACCGGCUCUUUCAGGCGCUCCCCCUUCCGCCUGACACGGCUUACCCAGCAAGGCCAGACGUCCAUCACUGGCCAGAUGGCAGAGGAGGAACAGGUCAAGAAAACCUGCCACUAUAGCAACUACCUCACAGUUCACAACAGUGGAGAAGGUGACCCAGGUCCGGCCAGUCCUGAAAGCACUAUAUGAGGGAUUAGAAUGCUUCCUACUAAAGAACAUUGCUUACCUUAAUCUUCAUACCUUCAUCUGCUGGCUCACAAUUAAUACUUUGAAAAACUCAUUGUUGUGCUGCAUGAAAUCAGAUUGGAUUAAUUUUCACAUUCAGCCAGAUUGGGCUUACAGUGUAAAUCAUGGUUUCCCCAAUAGGUGUGCGUAUUUGGCUGGCAGUUGAUAUAUACACAGUGCAAUUACAAAGUAUUCAGACCACUUGACUGUUUCCACACUAUGUUACGCUACGGCCGUAUUCUAAAAUUUAUUAAAUUAAACAUUUUCCUCAUCAAUCUACACACAAUACCCCAUAAUAACAAAGCGAAAACAGGUUACACAUUUUUUGCAAAUUUAUAAAAAAAUCUAAAACAGAAAUAAAUAUAUUUUAUACGUUUGCCAACAUUUCUAAACACAUUUUAUGCGUUGUCAUUAAGGUGUUGUGUGUAGAUUGAUGAGGGAAAAUAACAAUAUAAUAAACAUUAGAAUAAGGCUGUAACGUAACAAAAUGUAGAAAAAGUCAAGGAGUCUGAAUACUUUCUGAAUGGUCUGUAUAUAUUACAGUACCAGUCAAAAGUUAGGACACCUACUCAUUCAAGGGUCCUUCUUAAUUUUUUACAAUUUUCUACAUUGUAGUGAAAACAUCCAAAUUAAUAAAUCAGAUAUACGGAAUCAUGUGGUAACCAAAAAAGUGUUAAAAUAAUCAAAAUAUUUAGAUUUUAGAUUCUUCAAAGUAGUCAUCCUUUGCCUUGAUAACAGCUUUGUACACACUUGGCAUUCUCUCAACCAGCUUCAUGAGGUAGUCACCUGGAAUGGUUUUCAAUUAACAGUUGUGCCUUUUUAAAAGUUAAUUUGUGUAAAGAAACUACUCCUUUUUUUUUCACCUUUAUUUAACCAGGUAGGCUAGUUGAGAACAAGUUCUCAUUUGCAACUGCGACCUGGCCAAGAUAAAGCAUAGCAGUGUGAACAGACAACACAGAGUUACACAUGGAGUAAACAAUUAAGAAGUCAAUAACACAGUAGAAAAAAAAUGGGCAGUCUAUAUACAAUGUGUGCAAAAGGCAUGAGGAGGUAGGCGAAUAAUACAAUUUUGCAGAUUAACACUGGAGUGAUAAAUGAUCAGAUGGUCAUGUACAGGUAGAGAUAUUGGUGUGCAAAAGAGCAGAAAAGUAAAUAAAUAAAAAACAGUAUAAAAACAGUAUGGGAAUGAGGUAGGUGAAAAUGGGUGGGCUAUUUACCAAUAGACUAUGUACAGCUGCAGCGAUCGGUUAGCUGCUCGGAUAGCUGAUGUUUGAAGUUGGUGAGGGAGAUAAAAGUCUCCAACUUCAGCGAUUUUUGCAGUUCGUUCCAGUCACAGGCAGCAGAGUACUGGAACGAAAGGCGGCCAAAUGAGGUGUUGGCUUUAGGGAUGAUCAGUGAGAUACACCUGCUGGAGCGCGUGCUACGGAUGGGUGUUGCCAUCCGUAAAUGAUACCAAUAAUAAUAAGAGACUUGCUUGGGCCAAGAAACAUGAGCAAUGGGCAUUAGUCAAAAUCUGUCCUUUGGUCUGAUGAGUCCAAACAUUUUUGGUUCCAACCGCUUUGUCCUUGUGAGACGCAGAGUAGGUGAACGGAUAAUCUUUGUAUGCGGUUCCCACCGUGAAGCGUGGAGGUGUGAUGGUGUGGGCUUUGCUGUCUGUGAUUUAUUUAGAAUUCAAGGCACGCUUAACCAGCAUGGCUACCACAGUAUUCUGCAGCGAUACGCCAUCCCAUCUGGUUUCCGCUUAGUGGGACUAUCAUUUGUUUUUAAACAGGACAAUGACCCAAAACACACCUGCAGGCUGUGUACGGGCUAUUUGACCAAGGAGAGUGAUGGAGUGCUGGAUUAGAUGACCUGGCCUCCACAAUCACCCGACCUCAACCCAAUUGAGAAGGUUUGGGAUGACUUGGACUGCAGAGUUAAGGAAAAGCAGCCAAGCGCUCAGCAUAUGUGGGAACUCCUUCAAGACGGUUGAAAAAGCAUUCCAGGUGAAGCUGGUUGAGAGAAUACCAAGAGUAUGCAAAGCUGUCAUCAAGGCAAAUGGUGGCUACUUUGAAGAGUCUAAAAUAUAUUUUGAGUUGUUACUACAUUUUUCCAUGUGUUAUUUCAUAGUUUUGAUGUCUUCACUAUUAUUCUACAAUGUAGAAAAUAGUUGUUGUUUUUAAAGAAGAAAAAAAACUUGAAUGAGUAGGUGUGCAAAUAUUUGACUGGUACUGUAUAUAAACACUUUGUUUUAAAUAUAUUUUCCCAUAACCUUAUCACCCCUCCCCUAAUUGGAGUAAACUGUUGGACAACAACACUUAGUCUUCUACUUCCAGUUUACACAUACUAUAUACACAUUUACUGUGAUGUUUCACAAACGUUUUGAACCUUUCUAUUCUUAUAGUUUCUAAAGAUUGUAAAUUCAAGAUAAAUAUUUUUGCUAAGAGUAUUAUUAUAUUAUUGAUCAACUAUGACUUUUCAAAUCAACCAGUAGUGCUAUUCUGCAAAUGUUGCACUUCUUCAACCAUUCCUGGACCUGCGACCAAAAACAAGCUCCGUAUGGACAGUAUUAAAACAAAUUAUCUUACGAUUCUGUCUCUUCGCAGCAAAGUCUGCAGAGCUGGGAUGGUUGUAUCCCCCAUAUAUAAACUCAGCAAAAAAAGAAACCUCCUCUCCCUGUCAGCUGUGUAUAUUUUCAGCAAACUUAACAUGUGUAAAUAUUUGUAUGACCAUAAUAAGAUUCAAUAACUGAUACAUAAAAGAAGUUCCACAGAGCUGGGACCCUGGGCAUCUUUCUUUUGGUGUUUUUCAGAGUCAGUAGAAAGGCCUCUUUAGUGUCCUAAGUUUUCAUAACUGUGACCGUAACCUAUUUUGGUCUUUAAUACAUGGCCAACAAACAAGUUCCUUAAUUUUCCCCCUUCUACUUGCCUCUCAUUUUUGCAGUAAUGCUGCAAUUAGUUGGUUGUAAUUUUGGGUAGAGCAGACAUUUCCAUAUACUUUUGUUAGCUGCAUGUGUGGCAACUCCACCAGUCCUAUUUAUGAUAUAAUUUACAAAGAUUAUACUUUUUUUUCCAAAAACAUAUAUAUUUUUGUUAAUUAUUAUAUUUGAGUUUAACCACAAUAUUUGUUGUAUUAUUUAUUCUGUCUUUUCUGGUGGAUUAACCUGAAAUUGCAACCAACUUUCUAUGGCUUGUUUUAAAACUAGCUAUAUUUUAGAGCUUUCUUCAUUUUCAAAUAACUGAAAGUGAGAGCUUGAAUUCUGAAUAAAGUAAAAAAAGGCCAUUCCUGAACAUGGGGUGAGACAUUCCUACUAAUCUGCUAGAGAACCAGUUUGGAUUUAAAUUGAACUUUUGUAUGACUGACGCCUUUAGUGAGAGGGCUAAUGCUUUAAUAUUUAAUAAUUUCUGCACUCUGAAUUUAUAUUAAUUAUAUACAUAGGCUCAUUUAAUUUUAUCUGGCAUGCCGUUACAAAUAAAAUGGAAUUUUAUUUUGCUCAUAUAAUUUUAAAAAACAGGUCGCUAGGUGUAGGCAAGACCAUAAGCAAAUAGGUAAACUGGGAUAUGACUAAAGAGUUAAUCAGGGUGAUUUUUCCACAAAUAGACAGGAAUUGUUGUUUCCAUGGUAGAAAAAUCAACUUUUGCUAACUUUAUUAAACUCUAUUGUAGUAAAAUAAUGUAUUUAUUUCUGGAUAUGUAUACCGAGAAUAUCCACAUCACCGUCAGAAGAUUUUAUUGCUAAACUAUAUGGUAAUGUAAAAGUUGUAUUUUUUGUCAUCCAAUACAUCAUAUAUUACAUUUAUCAUGAUUUGAUUGUAAUCUAGAGAGGUUAGAAAAAGUCUCAAGAUCCUCUGAGGCUGUGAAGGGAUACAAAUUGUGGAUUUAAAAGAAAACAUGAAUCAUCAGCAUACAAUGACACCUUUAUGUUUAUGCCCUUGAUUUCUAACCCCAUGAUAUUAUUGUUGGAUCUGGUUUUAAUAGCUAACAUUCCGAUGGCCAUAAUAAAUAGAUGUGCCAAUAGUGGGCCACCUUAUUUUACUCCUCUUAACACUUGAAUACUUUCUGAGAAGUAGCCAUUAUUUAUUAUUUUACACCUAGGGUUACUAUACAUAACUUUAACCCAUUGUAUAAGAGAUUCUACAAAAUUGAUAUAUUCCAGGCAUUAAUAUUUAAAUUCCUGUCAUACUUUAUCUAAAGCCUUUUCAAAGUCAGCUAUGAAUACCAGACCUGGUUUUCCAGAUUUUUCAUAGUAUUCUAUUGCUUCCAGUACUAGUCUUAUAUUAUCUCCAAUGUGUCGUCUGAAUAAUAUACAAUACCUUUUUAAUUCUAUGUGCAAUGAAUCUUUCUUGAAUUUAUCACCACAACACUGAAGUUUAAGAGGCCUCCAAUUUUUUUUUAUGGACCGGAUCUUUAUAUUUACCACUUGGAUCAGUUUCAGUAAUAAUGCAAUCAGACCUUCUUGUUGAGUAUCUGAUAAUCUACCAAGUUUUGGUAUACCUCCACUGGUAUGCCAUCCAACCCUAGAGGUGUCCUGGACUUAAAGGCUUUAACAUAAGUCUUUCUGUACAGCUGUUAAUUUGACAUUAUUCAUAGAAAACAAGCCAUACAAUUAUCUUCGGUUAGUGGAGAUGGAGACUGAAACGAAAACAUAUGCUUAUGGUACUUUGCUUCCACUUUCAAAAUAUUGUUUGGUGAAUCAUAUGUGACAUAAUCCACACAGUUCGCUUUAUUUUUUAAUAAUAUAUUACACUUGAUCUUUCUUGAAUAAGUUCCUCCCAUUUCUUUUUGUUUUUCCUCCAACUGAUGUCAGCGAGAAUGACAUAAGAAAGUAGUCAAGACGACUAGCUUGAUUGAGCCUCCGCCAUGUAUAUCUCACUAGGUCAGGAUAUUUAAGCAUUCAUAUAUCUACUAGUUCCAAUAUAUCCAAGACAUUUGUGAUUUCCUUAAGCGUAUGAGGGUGAUCGUUUGUAUUGUGAUUUCCUUUACGGUCCAUUGAGGUAUUUACAACCAUAUUAUAAUCUCCCACCAUAAUAAUAGAGUAUUGUAUUGCUUGUAGGUUUGAUAAAUUAUUAUAUAUAUAUAUAUAUACAGUUGAAGUCGGAAGUUUACAUAAACUUAGGUUGGAGUCAUAUAUUAAUGAGCCCCCUCCCCUCUUUUAAUUAUUUUCUUUGUUGGACAUAAUUGACUAAUUUUAAUGUAGGAAACCUGUUCCCAAGUAGUAGAGAGGCAUAUGUGAUCAUAUCCCACUGAAAUCAAGGUUUAAAAAUCCCAAUGUAUUCAAGGUUUGAAAAAGUUCUGUUUUUGUCAAAUACUAUAUCUGUGUGUGAUUAUUGAGGUCAAUUUGCAGUGUACAAAUUGUUUAGAACUAUGUGCCGGCCCCCCAACCCGCUCAAGGAAAAAUCGGCACACGGCUGAAUGUAAUUGGUGAACCCUGGUUUAAAUCAUAAGACGCUUAUCUGCAUAUUACUUCAAACAAUAGUACUCCCGUGGAGUUGUCUUUUGACUUGUCCAGGAAACAUGGUUUUUCAUUUAAUAGAGGCAUAAUAACCAAGCAUACCAGGAAAAACUAUUUUCCAUGGAUAUAUCCAUUUCGUUAAGAUGUGCCGAGGAGGAAGCCUAUAAAUGAAUUCCUCUUGGUUCAAGUUAAGUUAAUCUUGCAGGCAGACAUUACAUAUGGACAUGGAACAUCAUAAAUGUAAAUGGAUGCAAAUUCAGCUCGAGGACAUCCAGAUGCUCAAUGUGUGGACUCCAUGGGUGGCUUCAUUAUAGUUUUCAUUGUGCAAUGUGAAGAGCAGCUUUAUGUGAAUUCAAAAAUAUUGCCAUUUUCCUCUAUGAUCAGAUGAAUGUUGUGGUCCAGUAUAUAUUGUAUUCCACCCUAAAAGCCUUUAUAAUUGAAGUGGUUGGGCAUAGUGAAGUGUGAUUGUACCUUACAAUAUGUAUAGUCUUGGUUGGUUCUUUGGGGAUGUGUUAUUUGUGGAAGUUAUGUCCAGUGCAACAGGGAAAUCACUGCAUAGUGUGUUUGAAGAUGACCAAACUGUAAAAUGUGAUUGGUUGGUUGGUUUUUUGGAAUCCAAAAAAAUUGUAUAUUAUGUUGUUGUUGUGUAAUGCAUUGAUGGCCACAUUCAGUAGAUGUUACAGUAUAAGACAAACAGAUACUUUAAUAUUGGAUUUACUGUUACCAGAAAAUGUUGCAGAAAACCCCAGAAGACAAUUUGUUAACUAAUAUUCAGUUGUAUGCUUUUUCUCUUAAGUGUUUGCUUGUGUUCAAAGAUAAAAUAAGUUAAGGGGAAAGCAAUGUGUGUGCAUGAUUGCAAUAUUUGUUAAGUUAAAAGCAAGAUGUGUAUGCUUGUGACUUGUACAUUAUUUCAAUAAAGUUG